GAAUUUUACAUUAUGUUGUAGGACCAUAUCUAUUAUACAUGUUUGGAUAUGCGUUGGAUUGAAAUAUUUUAAUCGAAUAGACGAGUCGGGUACAUCGCUUAAAUGUUUAAAACUUGUUUCUUGAUUGGUUUUGGUUUGAUAUAAUUUUGACCAGAGAUGGGUGAGGAAGCUAAGGCAGUGGUUCCCGAAUCACUCUUGAAGAAGCAGAAGAGGAAUGAAGAAUGGGAGCUCGCCAAGGAGCAGGAGCUCGAAGCCUCGAAGAAGAAGAAAGUCGAGAACGGCAAGCUGAUCAAGAGAGCUAAGCAAUAUGCAAAGGAGUACGAGGCUAAGGAGGAAGAGUUGAUUCAAUUGAAGCGGGAGGCUAAGCUGAAAGGAGGAUUCUACGUUGAUCCAGAAGCUAAGCUUUUGUUCAUCGUUCGAAUUCGUGGCAUCAAUGCCAUGCAUCCGAGGACAAUAAAGAUCUUGCUGCUCUUGCAAUUGAGACGGAUCUUCAAUGGUGUUUUCCUUAAAGUAAACAAGGCAACAAUGAACAUGCUUCACCUUGUCGAACCUUACGUGACUUACGGAUACCCUAAUCUCAAGAGUGUGAGGGAAUUGAUUUACAAAAGAGGCUACGGUAAGUUGAAGAACCAGAGAAUUGCUUUGACCGACAAUGCAAUCGUGGAGCAGGGCCGUAUUUGUUUCCAUUUACAAGGUUUUCGUUUUUCGUGCCAAAUGUUUCCGGAGCAUCCUUGUUUCUUUUCGUAACCGAUUGCAGGCUCUCGGCAAAUUCGGGAUCAUC